UCUGUGUCCACAGGGAGCGAGGUAUCCCAGGAGAGCCUGCUCCUGCACGGCCCCUUCGCCCGCAAACCCAAGCGCAUCCGCACGGCCUUCUCCCCGUCACAGCUCCUGCGGCUGGAACGGGCCUUCGAGAAGAACCACUACGUGGUGGGCGCCGAGAGGAAGCAGCUCGCCAGCAGCCUCAGCCUCUCUGAGACCCAGGUGAAAGUGUGGUUCCAGAACAGGCGGACGAAAUACAAACGGCAGAAGCUGGAGGAGGAAGGCCCCGACUCGGACCAGAAGAAGAAAGGCUCCCACCACAUCAACCGAUGGCGCCUCGCCACCAAGCAGUCGAGCGGAGAAGACAUCGACGUCACCUCCAACGACUAAGGCAGGGACAGGCUCCUGGUGCAGCCACCAUGGAGAGGAACCCGGGGGAGGCAGGGGGGACACAGGCGGCGGCACCCAACGCACUGUAGGGACGUGGCCGAAGCCGCCGCCGCUGCCCGCGGCCUUUCCUCGGGGGCGCCUCGGCCUCACCGGGGACCCCCGGCCAACCCCCCGGGGUGUCCCUCGGAGGUGCUUUUCGGGAAGCUCCCGCCGCCGCCGAGCCGAGGAGGAGGAAGAGGAGGAGGCUGCCGGGGCGGCCCCGGGACGCGCUGGAAGG